UCCCUUAAUACUAGUAGAAGACAAUACAUCUCUAAGGCCAGUCCAAAUAGAACCCCUACAAUAUAACCUCCAAAUAGAAAAAUCUUAUACUCAGAUUCACCCAUCCGUGCAAAGAUAAAAUAUAAUUAAAUAGAGAAAAAAAACACCAAGAAUAGAACUUGAAAAUCAACUGGCUUAUUACUAUAUCCUCUCCUCUCUUCAUUUCCCAGCUUCAAACAGAACUCUCGCCUCUCUCUCUCUCUCUCUCUCUCUCUCUUUCUCUCGAAAUAGAGGUAAAGAAGACAACCCAAUAACCUCAUACACAUAGGCGACAUAUAGAGAGCAAGAGACAGAGAGAGAGUUGAAGAAGAUGAAGUUGUCUACAAAACCCAUAUCUAGUCCGGGUCGGACCGAGAAGUACCCACCGCCAUUGAUGAGAUUUUUGAGGAGCAAUGGUGGUAGCAGAAGUAGAGGCAAGUCACGUUCAAGCCCUAUGUUUGUUAAGAAGAAGAACGCAGCUAUUGAAACCCAAGAGCCUUCUUCCCCCAAAGUUACCUGCAUGGGACAGGUUAGAGUCAAGAGGUCCGAGCAAGACAAGACCCGACCCGGUAAAACCAAACCCCACUGUAAAUGGAUCCGAAACGCGUUCUUUUGCUGUCAUCGUUCAAACAGGAAGAAGCUCAGACCCAAGUAUUGUAUGCCCUCAUGGCGCAAGUGGGCAGUGUUAUUUAAGGUGGGUUCGCAGAGAAAAAGCAAAAUUAGAGAGGACCCUUCAAAGGCUGAAGCGAAAUUUGGCAACAGAAAUGAGGAAUUACAGCAAGAAAGGGAAGAGGAAGAGGAAACUAAGGCAUAUGUUUCCACAGUUUGUUCACCACCAAAGAACGCUUUAUUAUUGACGAGAAGCAGAUCUGCACCAUACAGGUCUUCUUCUUUAGCUAGUAGAUUUUGGGGUUCACCUUCGGAAAGUGAAACAAUCGAGCAAAAUCGAAGAGCAGAGCAAGAGAACACACAAGAAGACAGUCCCGCAUCAAAAACACAGUCUGUUGAUGGAGAAUCUGAUCAAGAAUCAAGAUUAGAUCCAGAAACUGAAGAAACAUCAAGUUUUUUCAAAGAAUUUGAAGGUCCAGUAACUUCAAUUAGAGAAAGGAUAAUGAACCCUACAAAAAUUGAAGAACAAAGAACGGAGGAAGAUGGCAAUGUACGUCCUUUGAUACUCACAAGGUGUAAAUCAGAACCAGCAAGAACAGGAGAGAAGCUUGAUCCAGAGUUGAGUUUCUGGAAGAAGAGAAGGUGAAGAGACCCACUUCAAUUUUUACUUCCAUAAGCUCAAUGGUGCUUAGGUUAAUUUGUGAUGGAAUCAUGUAUAGACAAUAUGACUGUCUUAUUACACUCGUUUUGCCCCUUUCUUCUUUGGUUUCAGUGAAAAUACAUCAAAGCUGUUUUGCUGGAGCAAUUAAGAUCUGAUGAGAGUUUUUAUUAUAAUAUAGGAAAAUUUUAGUCAUAAUUAAGCUUUUAUUAUAUGUGAUAGCUACAGUGUUUUCUACUAUUCAGAAGGACCACAUUCAUUGAGAAACCUAGCCCUCCAGCAUUUUCUAUUGGAUAAGAAACUGGGGGUGGAAAUUCUCUCUUAAACCAAACAGUUUGAUUCUAUGUCUCUUAAACCAAACAGUUUGAUUCUAUGUUAAUUAGGAAGAUAUGGGUGGGUUCAGACAAAUUUUCUUUUCUUUUAUUAUUAUUUAGAAAAGGGGUGAAGAUUAGGAAAGGAAAGGACUAUCAUGUAAUGUUAGCUCAGAUUCAUUGCUUGAUGAAUGAAAAAAGAACAAGAUCCAGUUAGGAAAUUGGACAAGCAAUAUCUUCCUUGUUGACAAAAAAUCAAGUGUGUCUACAAAGUGCAACUCUGGCCCAUCUUUUAAGCAUAAAAGUGCAACAAAUCUUUUCCAAUGGUGGCAUUGGCCAUACCCUCUUGCUUUCUGUGUGCAAGCCUCUCCAUAGUUGCCCAUCACCAACCUUGACCUUAAUGUAACCCUCAAGGCCCCAUGUAAACUAUUAACCUUUUUCAAGUUGUGCAAGUCUUUGAGGAAUUUGCAAAGAGCAAUAUGAAAAAUCAGGCAAGAGAUCUUGAAUUCUAAUCCAUGGACAACAAGAGAGAAACCCUUUAUCUCUUUUCCUAUUGUACAAACAUUUUGCAUUUCAGAUUCUGGAAAGAGUCAAAAUGUACAUGUCCUUUUCUUCUCUUGCAUGUCAAGGAAAUUAUUUGAUAAUUUUCUCAUUUUGAGCCAUGACCUCUAGUCAUGCAAUAAUCUUUUUCAUUAUAAUUUGAUGAAUGUCUAUAUAUACACAGAGAGAGAGAGACCACUGGGUUUGAAAAGUUAGGUCUGAAUAUUGAAGCCAUGUAUUAUAUGGCUCAGAUGGGUUUGGUGGAUCAGAUUAUGAGGCUCUAAAAGCAUGAAAGGAGCAGAGCUCAGUGCCUUUUGUUCACAGAAAAGGUAGCUUUUUUCUUUCCUGGGCUAUCACUGGAAUCCAAGGUUAUGUCACAGCACACAGUCACAGGUGACCUUUCAAGUCAGUGGGCCUCUCCUUGGUAUUCACACACCAGCCAAUUCCAACCAUAAAACUCCACCUCCAAUUUCACAUUUUCUUGAAUUCUUUUUUCCUCAACAACCAUUAGUGUCAUAAUCAUGCAUUAAGGAUCAAUAAUGAAAUCUGUUCAGUCCAAUA